AUGCCGCUUUUCGGCAAGAAAGACUCAACGCGCGGUAGUAAGAAGUCAGUGACUUCGAACUCUAGCGCCGAUGGUCACAACGAAGAGAACAAGGAAAACAAAACGUGCAGUACUCCGACGUCGUCCGAGCACUUCUCCAAGGAAAACAUCGAGGACAAAUAUGAGUUUAAGGAUCUACUCGGAACGGGUGCGUUCUCGCAAGUGGUUUUGGCCGAAAGUCGUGAGCGACCCGGCGAGAUGUACGCUGUGAAAUGCAUCGACAAAAAGGCGCUCAAAGGCAAGGAAGAUUCCUUGGAAAAUGAAGUCAAGGUACUCCGGAAACUCAAGCAUCCCAACAUCGUUCAGUUACUCGAGACGUUCGAGGAUCGGAAUAAAGUCUACCUCGUCAUGGAGCUCGUGACGGGGGGUGAACUAUUCGACCGAAUUGUAGAGAAAGGCAGCUACACAGAACAGGACGCAUCUCAUCUCAUCAGACAGAUUUUGGAAGCGGUGGAUUACAUGCACUCACAGGGUGUGGUCCACAGGGACCUAAAGCCCGAAAACUUGUUGUACUAUUCGACAGAGGAGGAAUCCAAAAUCAUGAUCAGUGAUUUUGGUCUCUCGAAAAUGGAAGAUUCCGGAGUGAUGGCGACGGCAUGUGGGACUCCGGGCUACGUCGCCCCGGAAGUCUUGGCGCAGAAACCUUAUGGGAAAGCGGUCGACGUCUGGUCUAUGGGCGUUAUCGCCUAUAUCCUCCUUUGUGGAUAUCCCCCGUUUUACGACGAGUCUGACGCUAACCUGUUCGCCCAAAUCCUCAAAGGCGAGUUCGAAUUCGAUUCCCCCUAUUGGGACGACAUCAGUGAUUCAGCUAAAGACUUCAUCCGACACCUGAUCUGUGUGGACGUCGAGGGUCGGUUUACCUGUCGACAAGCGCUCGGUCAUCCCUGGAUAUCUGGGAACACGGCCUCCUCGAAGAAUAUUCACGGUUCUGUCAGUGAGCAACUGAAGAAAAACUUCGCGAAAACAAAAUGGAGGCAAGCCUACAACGCAACGGCUGUGAUACGACAAAUGCGAAAAUUAGCCAUGGGAUCUCAGUCAUCGUCCGGCCAGACUUCACCGCAACCUCCUCCGGCAGGAAACUCCUCAAUAGCCGAAGCAUCGACUGCAGCCUCUGAUUGA